AUGAGCAGCUGUUUGUGGGCCCCACUUGUGUUUGCAGCCCGAACGGCCCUCCGAAUCUCCGCAUUCCUCCUCGACCCGCACGGCCUGCUCGAAACGGGCCGGCCAGUGGACGGCCCAUAUUGGGAGCUGGACCUUCCGGCGGGCCCGUUCAGUGAUAUGGGCCCGGCCCACGAAGAGACGUGCUCUAUCUGCCUAAUGGAGUUUCUCAAAGAGGAUUGGGUGAACAAGCUGCCGAAAUGUGGCCACGUGUUCCACGUGGCAUGUAUGGACAGCUGGCUUGAAAUGUGUCGAUUCACGUGCCCACUUUGCAGGUCGUUCUUGCCGUGUGCCAGGUCAUCAUCGCCAUGUGGCGAGCGGGCAGAGCCGGUCUGCGUGGAGCUGCCCGAGUUGGGUGAUGAUUUUACUUAUGUAGACUAA